AUGGGAAAAGCUUCUCGGGACAAAAGGGAUAUAUACUAUCGGAAAGCCAAAGAAGAAGGAUGGCGUGCCAGAAGUGCCUUUAAGCUUCUUCAGAUUGACGAGGAAUUCAACAUCUUUAAAGGAGUGAAGAGGGUUGUAGAUUUAUGUGCUGCACCUGGUAGCUGGAGUCAGGUCUUGAGUCGUCAAUUGUAUCUCCCUGCAAAGUCCUCAGCUGAGUCAAAAGAAGGAGAUCUUCCUCUCAUAGUGGCCAUUGAUUUGCAGCCUAUGGCUCCAAUCGAAGGUGUCAUCCAGGUUCAAGGCGACAUUACUAAUGCUCGCACUGCCGAAGUGGUCAUCAGACACUUUGACGGUUGCAAGGCUGACCUGGUUGUUUGUGAUGGUGCUCCUGAUGUUACCGGUUUGCAUGACAUGGAUGAAUUUGUCCAGUCCCAACUCAUACUGGCGGGCUUAACAAUUGUAACCCAUGUUCUUAAAGAAGGUGGAACAUUCAUUGCCAAGAUAUUCCGUGGAAAAGAUACAAGUCUCUUGUACUGUCAGCUCAAGUUGUUCUUCCCAAGUGUAACUUUCGCGAAACCGAAAAGCAGCCGCAAUUCUAGUAUAGAGGCUUUUGCUGUCUGCGAAAAUUACUCACCACCAGAAGGAUUUAACCCGAGAGAUCUUCAUCGUCUCUUGGAGAAAGUUGGAAGCCCUUCAGGUGGAAGCGAUCUCGAUUGCAGUAGUGGUUGGCUUGAAGGACCCAACAAAGUUUAUAUUCCAUUCUUGGCAUGUGGUGACUUGACUGGUUAUGACUCAGACCGGUCUUACCCACUCCCUAAAGAAGCAGACGGAUCUUCAUACCAGAGCUUGGACCCGGUUCAGCCUCCCAUCGCACCGCCUUAUAAACGAGCUCUUGAGCUCAAGAAAGCUUCAGCACAAAGCAUCCGAGACUCUUGA